AUGGCCGCCCCUAUGUCUCUGGAUCGGAUUCCUCCGACCACAACCGCCUAUGUUAUCGCGACUGCCAUCAUCGCCGGCGUCACAGGAUAUUUCAUCGGCCAAGGCGCAUCGCUCGGCCUGUUCCACGAGAAGAAAAGCUGGCCCAACAGCUACGACGUCAAGGUCCACCGGGACUCUUCUGACGAGGAGGCCGAAGAAUCCGAGGAGAGCGAGGACGAAGGCAAUGGCGAAGAGCUCGCCAAGUUCCAGGAUAACGCCGAGGAGGUGAAGCUGGUGUUGGUCAUUCGGACGGACCUGGGCAUGACGAAGGGCAAGAUGGCUGCCCAAGCCUCUCAUGCCACCCUCGCUUGCUACAAAUAUUUCGUCAACCACCAACCCGACUCCCCGAUCCUGUCGCGCUGGGAGCGCGGCGGCCAGGCAAAGAUCGCGCUGCAGAUCAAAUCGGAGGACGAGCUGCUUCUGCUACAGGCGCAGGCAAUGAGCCUUGGGCUUUGCGCGCGCGUUAUUCAGGACGCCGGCCGUACGCAGAUUGCCAGUGGCAGUCGCACGGUGCUGGGUGUCCUGGGUCCGAAGAGCGUUGUCGACGGCGUCACUGGGCACUUGAAGCUUCUGUAA